AACUGGGGCAAAGACGAAGGAUGUGUUUAAACUCGUGACCUGGGUUGUAAAUCAUGUGACCAAGGCCCCUGGGCAGAAAAGGAUUAAAUCUUCACGUGAUUAAACUGACUGGCACUUGUUUAUAUCCGAGUGUAAACAAAACAGCACAGCUGGUGGUCGAAGUACCAGCCCCGAAUUGUAUGGUCUCACAAAAGUGGUCCACCACCGAACCCAGGCCGAACCACGAAUUUAGGUGUUGCAGAGUGCACGCUUGCGUCCAUUGCCGCCAGAAGGCACACACGCGUACCUGGCAAACUCACUAGUUACAGUCUUUCUUUAUCGAUUGUGUUCUUCAGAUCGAUCGAUCUAUCGAACAAUAGGUGUAUGUUAAUCCCAUCAGCGUUUUUUAUUCAUUGAAGGCAUUUUUACACGCCAAUACACGUAGUUGUGAAGGCAAAACUCGCUGUUUGUUACUUUGAGUAUUGCACCUGCACAGUAUACCUCCUGCGUUUGCUGGUACUGACUGGUACGUUUUGAUUUACUGCAAAAGUUCAACUUACCAGUUUUGGAAAAUCAGCUUUCAAAAUACACAUGUACACAGAUCGACUAUACUGUACAGCGUGUCUAACGUUUCACCGGACAUAUACCAACUGAACUGAAUCCCCAAAAUCCAGUUUGGACAGAUUUGAGACAUCAGGCCUACCGUCGAAUCGGGCUAAAAUGAGCGGCAAGUUGCUGUUGUUCGCGUUGGCGACCCUAGUCAUGUCGCCUUUGGUACUCUCUAAGCCGGCGGAGGAUCCGGACCGAGUCUUGACCCGUGCUGCUCGCAAGGCCGGGCCGCGUCUACCGGUGGAGAGCCAGCCUAGAGGCCGGCCCAGUAGGCCCAUACCGCACCGCCCAAGACCACACGGCGGGUGCACCUGCGAUGAACCGAGACUGGGUCAGGUGGAGCGGGACUUGGCCGACCUGGUGAGGAGGAUGGGUGAGAUGGAGUCACGGAACAAGGAAGACGAUGUCAACAUACAAAACCUACAAGAUUCGAACCGCCGACAGCAGGCACAGAUAUCACGGGUCGUGGGCGAAAACCAGAGAUUGACGAGACUGACCCGCUCACUUCAAAGCAGAGCAGAAACUUUGGAGGAGGACAACUCGCAGUUACGCGACGAGAACGAGCGUCUCCGCACCGUGCAAGAUCAGCCGCAACCCGCCGUCAAUCAGCGCACACGCUCCCCCGAGGAAGUCAACGACGGCCCGGUGGCAAACCAGAGAUCCUCGAUGCGGGACCUGAACGACGUGAUGGGUAAUCGCGAAGCUGAGAUGAUUGAGAUGGGCGUGUUUCCACCGGUGAAGCCAUCGAGACCCGAGGGACCUCCUCUGGGGCGUCCGGACCGCCGGCCAGGCAGCACCUUCGGUUCGUCGGGGCCGACAUCUAAGUUACCGGACUCGGAGCAAAUUGCGACUUCGCUGUUGGCGAUGAAUCAGGAGAAUGAGAUCUUGAAGAGACGGCUUGGUGAGUUGGAAGGCAGGAUGAAUCAGCAGGGCAGACAGCCACUCACCCCCGGGUCGGCACGGGGUAAGCCAGGACCCCAACUCCGCCCCGUACCGCCACCCGGUCAAUCCUCCGACGAACUCGCCGAGAAAAUCUCCCAACUGGAGCGUCUGGUGCUGGUGGCUCUCCGCAACCCGUCCGCCCAGUCACGCGGCCAGUCUGGGUUACAACGGCCUGCACCUGAUGUGCCCCCAUCUCGUCGUGGCAGCAUCCCGGCCAAGAGUCAAGCCGUGGCUGUUGACAACAUGCAAAUGACUGAUGAUGACCUGGAGGCCAUGUCUGACGUCUUGGACAGAGUGCAAAACAAGAGCCCAGGAAAGAGCGCCUUCUCCGUGGCCAGCACCGGCAUCACAGUAGGAGCAACCAACGACCCACGCGCCAUCGAAUUCGAUCACGAAUACGUCAACAAAGGAGGGGAUUUCGACAUGCGAAGGAAUCGAUUCGUCUGCGAGAACCGUGGCUUCUACUACGUCACAUUCACGCUCCGUUCAUACGACAACAAGUACCUGGGCGUCGCCCUGAUGAAGAACGAGGAGCUAGAAACUGCGGUGUACGCGGACUCCAGCGAGCGUAACGUCAUGCAAUCACAGGCCGUCAUCUUGCACAUGGAGCCCGGCGAUGAGCUCUGGCUGAGACACGCUCCGUCCGAGCACUUUGCCGUACACUCCGGGGAACAUCGCUUCGUCACGUUCAGCGGGUAUCUCAUCUACAGGGGACGCUAGAUCGCUGGUCGAUGUUUUGAAGUUAAUGCGGAAUUAUGCAACUAAAAAAAUAAUUCCCUGCUCUCUUUGCUUGAUGACGAAGUUGCAAUUGUUAUAUUUACCCAACAGAGGGCGCUAGACACGUUCCAGUGACUCGACUGUUAUAUCGAUUAAAAGCUAUUCAUUUUCUU